AACAAAAAAAUAAAUGAUGUUAUCACUUAUUCUUUCUAUCUUGUUGAUUGAUAUAUUUUUUUACAUUUCAGUUUGUUGAAAAUCAUAAAAUUAAAAAAAUGGAACAAAUCGGAUUUUUUCCUAUCAGCAAUUCAAGUAAUAUCUAUGGGAUGACCAAUAUGCAUGGUGAUAUGACCAGAAUUUUAGUGGCCACAUUAGAGAAACAAGUUUUUGCAGUUGAAUAUUCGGAUAACAAGAAAAUUACAUGCAAUGAAAUUCAUUUCGCCUACAUACCUAAUAGUGCCGAUAUCAUAUCAAUCGAUGCUUUUGUUCGAACUAAUUACAAUGAUAUUGUUUUGGGUAUAACUUUCUUUAAGAAUUAUAAAGAAUCUGAUUCAAAUGAAUUUCGAAAAAACAUUGUCGUCUCAAACAAUCGAUCAACGUCAUCAAGUUCGGAGAAAAACAUCUGUAAUCAUUAUUAUUUCAAUAUUUAUUCCAGUUUAAGUUCAACAAAUCGGUUUGAUUUGAAUCAAAUUGCUCAGGAUUGUCAAACCUUUGAAUUGGAUUUUGUGCCAUAUCAUCUGUAUCAUACAUCCAUUAUUAAUGAAAAUAAUAUUGCAGAAACUUUGUGGCUUCUGUCUGGCAGUGAUUGCUAUGUACACGUUUUCCGUGAAGAUAAUAAGAAACAAAGUUUCUAUAAAGACAAAAUUGAUCUGUUCCCCGAGUUGAACAAUUUUGAAAGUAUCGUUAUUUGGAUUGAUGUAAUCAAUUACGAAGAAAAUCAUAAAUGCCAUCGUUUGACAGCAGUCGGCUGUGAAAAUGGUAUAUUGUGUUUGUUUUUUGUUGAACUUGGGGAAACGAAUAAUCCUCGAAUAAUCAAGUCAUGGAAAAAUCGUUUCGAUGGGCCAAUUUUAUCCGUAAAAUUUUUUAAAGAUAAAAUAAACAGUAAUCUAAACUUGAGAAAAUUGGGAUUCAAAAGUGAAUUUUCGCCUGAAAUCCAUUUAUUGGUACUGGAUUCUUGUGAACAACCAACAAUCUAUAGAAAUGUACAAGAAAAUGGUCUUGGACUACGAAAAAUUCUGCCAAAAAUCAACGAAAAUAAUAUCGAUUUAUUUCCGGCAAGUAUCGUUGGAGAUGUUAAUUUUGAUAAUAACAAUGAAAUAAUAUUGGGCAGCUAUGGGAAAAAAAUCAUUUUUUACAAAUUUGAACAUGAAAGCCAAACUUAUUUCAUUGAAAACACAAUGGAAGUUCCCCAUCCAGUAAUAUCGCUCACGUAUCUUGAUUUAACUGGUGAUGGAAUAAAUGAAUUGAUAAUUGUUACAACAAAAGGCAUCGUUAUUUAUCGACAUCAUAUCGACCCACUUAUUGAUGCACUUGUGAAAAAAAUGAAUACAAUAGCUAGUAAAUAAAUUUUGCAUGUGUUUUGUAAAAAUAAAAA